CGGAGAAGUUCCCGUCCCCGCGCCCCUUUAUUUCCCAAGACUGUAUUUGUCGACCAGCAUCGUACUACUAGCACUGUUUUCUUUUCCAUUGAAAAUAUCAUCAAGCAGGUGAUCUGCAGUGCCCCUCUAGCAUGGAGAAGGCAGAUGAUCCAUGCUCCCCGUUCAAGAUUCUAAUCGCAUGUCCAUCUGGUCUUCCUCCAUCACAGGUUUCUGUAGCGUUUGGCGAGAGGUACGAUAGGAUUCCGCAUCCCGAUUCUAGCUUGGAGGAUUCCAUUUCCGAGAUUUGGAACCAACGGCUUCAGACAAACUCAUCGUUAUUCAAUGGGAGAAAGUUCAGAUAUGGAGGAUUAACAUUGCAUAGUGAAGGAGGAAGUUCAAAUGAAGAUUCCCAUGUAUGCCUCAACUUAGGUUUGACAGAUUAUAGGACUUUUGUGGGAACAAACUUAAGCCCAUUGUGGGAAAAAUUCCUUGUUCCAGCAGAAGACGACUGUAUUCGAUGUCAGCACACCUCAAGUCCUCUGGGUAAUGGUGCUAUUGUGGAGACAUCAGAUGGGAAAAUAAUUCUGUUGCAAAGAAGUAAUAAUGUAGGUGAAUUUCCAGGUCACUUUGUAUUUCCAGGAGGUCAUCCUGAGCCUCAAGAGCUUGGGAUAGAAUCUCAUGACCAUGUGAAGGGUUUUGAAGAUUCCAAUACCAUUAACGGAAAGGUUUCACAGGAGAUGUUUGACAGCAUUAUUCGUGAAGUUGUGGAAGAAAUUGGAGUACCGCCUGAAUCCCUUAGAAACCCAGUUUUUAUUGGUAUAUCCCGCAGAGAACUAAAUGUUCGACCAGCAGCUUUUUUCUUCAUGAAGUGCAGUCUGGAGUCUGUGGAAAUUCAAGAUUUGUAUACCAAUGCACAAGAUGGCUACGAGUCCACUCAACUUUAUACAGUUCCAUCGAUUGAUAUAGAGAACAUGACGUCCAGAAUGCCAGGCUGCCAUCAUGGUGGAUUUUUUCUCUAUAAGUUGAUGUUACAAGCUGCCAAGGGCGAUAAGUUCAUUACUGAUCAUUAGAGUUCUCAGCCUUUUCACAUGGAUUGGGGAAUUUAUCCAAGAAUAGACUCGAGAACAUGUAUGAAAGCAGUUAAAGCCAAAUUUCUGGCAACCAGGGAUCUUUUUUCAGAAGUUUCAAUUAGUAGCCAUCCAGAUUUACUAUGACAUAAGUUACAUACUAGAAAAGAUGCAACUCAGACCCAUCUCGUCAAAGUUUACAUUAGUCAAAUAAAUUAGCUUUCCCUAAAUAGUAUUACAAGCAAAUGCUCUAUGAUAGAUUGUGUUUAAUAAGGGCAGAUUUAAUCAUUAACUAAUGUUGGGCUCUGCCCCAAUAGCGACAAUAGAGAUGACUUUCGAGUUACUCCAGUUCCUUUUCAUAUGAUCUUCUUAUACAAUCAAAGGACGCCUUGGGAUCCAAAGGUGAGCUUAUCUUGAGAUUGCUUAUAACAUUUUAGCUUCCAUUUAAAGGAAAGUAUGAUAAUGUUGUGAUGCAGGGUUUGACUUUACUAAUCAACCAUUCUUUUUAUCUCGUUUUGAUGCUUGCAGUAAGGCAAUAAAGAUAAAACCAAGCACGAAGGUAUGCCUCAUAUCUCAAUAAACUUUUCUGGUGUACCUUGUUCUGCUGAGUUCUUGAUCUUUCUCUCUUAUUUUAUUGCAUUAUUAGUCAGCUUCAUAUUAAA